CUGACCUACAAUCUUUGCAAGCAUGCUGCGCAAGCUCGGCGACAAAGCGACGACGCGUCUUAAGCACCCGGAUUUUUCUCCUGCCUUGACGCGAUGCCGCAGACACUACUCCGAGAGAACGGGCACCGUGCCGUCCGUUGAGCUGCCUCCGCCCAUCGACUGGAGAAAUAUCUUCAAGACCACACCUGUUCUUGUCAGGGACCGUAUCUCACUGCGAAAUCUUGAGACGGCCACCGACCUCGCCCCUGUCCUUGUUCCCGACAUGAAAGACCAUCCCGCCAUGCAACGCACGCGGGAGAACAGAGAGCCAGAGGGCAGCGUAAUUAUAGAGGCAUUUCCAGGUCCGGGUGCUUUGACUCGCGGUCUCAUGAAAUUGCCGAGGAGUCGCGUUCGCAGGAUCAUCGUCUUGGAAGACUACGGGCAAUACUAUGAUUGGCUUAAGCCCCUGGAAGAAGUCGACGAUCGCGUGACGGUUGUCCAGCGUUCCGGAUAUUUUUGGGACACAUAUCCCAUCCUCGAGGAAAUGGGACUACUUGACGAUGUCCAAACAUAUCCCUGGGAACAACUACAUCCGUCCUUGCGAUUCAUCGCCCACGUACCUCAUAACAUACCCGGAGAACAGUUGGUGAAUCAAUUCUACCGAAACAUUCCAGACCGUGCCUGGCUAUACAAGUACGGGAGAAUGCCGAUGAAUCUGAUCAUGGGCGAAUGGUUGUGGCAGAGAAUCAGUGCCCCAGCCGGCUCCAAUACACGAUGCAAGCUUUCCAUCAUAGCGGAAGCCCUCGCUAGCUCCUCCUUAGCCGUCCCUAGAGAUCGCCUGCUGCCUUACGAUGAUCAUUUUCAUCCCACCACUUCGAAGAUGAGCCCGCACCAGGAAAAGCGACCAGAGGCUCGUCGCAUCGGCCACCCUCACGUUGUCGUCAACGUUACUCCGAAGGAGCAUGUUGCCAUAGCGCCUGGCCAGUUGGAGAAGUGGGAUUACGUUCUUAGACGGUUGUUCGUCUUGAAGUCCACGGCCUUGCGCAGUGCAAUAGGCUCGCUUGCUCCGGGUGCUGCUGCGCUGAUCAAACCCAUCGCUGCUACUGGUGUGGACAUCAAGCAACCUAUCAAAAAGCUGUCCCUCGAUGACUGGGCCAAGAUUGUGAAGGUGUUCGACGAAUGGCCAUUCGCACCGGAGGACCUUUUGAUCUCGGAAUCGUUUAACCCCGAUACCAGCCGGGUUUGAGAAGGGGCCUCGUCCUUGAUGGCUCGCGAUCGGGAUACUAUCCUAUGACUGCUUAUUCAUAAUGCUAUCACUUGCUUCAUCG